GUCUUAGUACAACCCACCGGAGAAACCGCAGCGACUUCUCACCGGAGAGGACGAAAUACUCGCUUCGCUUGCUCUGUCACGAAAUGCGCCGCCCCAAAACGCCACUUCGACUCGCGUUUCAAUGAAGUUUCUCUGAGCUUUCCCUCUCGCUCUCUGUAUUAUAUAAUAUAUUGUAUGUGUAUGUGUCGUUCUUGCCUUUUGGAAGGCGUUUCGGAUAUUGUGAGAACAGGAUGGGUUGUGGUGGAUCGUCUCAGGCCAAAGCAGACGGGACUGUGAAGAAGAUCCGAAAGCCAAAACCAUGGAAGCAUCCUCAGCCAAUAACUAAGUCUCAGCUUAUUCAGCUGCGUGACGAAUUUUGGGAUACUGCUCCCCACUAUGGUGGCAGAAAAGAGAUUUGGGAUGCUCUACGAGCUGCUGCUGAGGCUGAGGUAACCCUUGCACAAGCAAUCGUGGAUAGUGCAGGCAUUAUCAUUCAAAAUGCUGAUUUAACAAUAUGCUAUGAUGAAAGAGGUGCAAAAUACGAGUUACCCAAGUAUGUUUUGAGUGAGCCGACCAACUUCAUCCAAGACACUUAAAAAGGAGGGGAAAAAUGCUGGUAGAAAUUGGCACCACACCCACUCAAGAUUGAAUGUAAAUCAUGUAUAUUAACACCAUAUCUGAUAUCCUCUCUUUGAUGGAGUUGGGAAACUUUCCCAACUUUUAAAGCCUUUUCAUUUGCAUUUGCUUGAACUUUCCCUUCUAUGUAACUUCCUGUGGUAAAACCGAGCAAAACUUCUACAUUUAUUUCAAUUUUAGCAGUUUUUGUGUAUUCUGCAGCAGAAA